AUGAAGAUUGCCAUCGCCGCGUCUAUCGCUCUUCUCGGAGCCUUGUCCCAAGGAUACACCCUUACAGCUUGCGAAGGCGACAGGUGUCAGGAUAACUGCAAGACCUUCACCGGACCAGAUGUGACCGGCCCACCAGGAACCGUCGGCGAAUGCGUCGACGUUGGCUUCUUCGUACAGAGCUUCUUGUUCAUCCAAGACAACGACGACUACACCUGGACAGAGGCAAUCGGCGGAUGGCCGAGCAACGAAACCUGUGUAGCCAGCGCAGAUGGAUUGCGCAAUGCGCCCAUUUCUGGUACUUCGGCGAACGAGAACUUUGUGACAUGUUCCAACCUAGAAGUAAACACCGAUCCGGACCAAGGGUUUACACAGUUUCUUGUCGGGCAGUAUUGA